AUGGCGACGUUCUUUGCUCGGAGGACAGUUUUGUCACUCAAUCUUGCAACAUUUUCCAGAAAAAACCGUUUGAUCCCUGUCGUAAGUCGUUGUGUAUGUCUUCCCUAUAAACAUUACCAGCUUUUUAGACAGUGUUCUUCGAUAAAGGAAGGAAGUAUACCUCAGAAUCAAGAAGCUUCGCCAGAUUUGGAGCUCAGUGAUAGCUGCGUAAAGGUCAGGUUGUCUAAUCUCCAUGCUGUUUAACUAUUAUAUUCUAGUUCCUCAGAGCUUUAGAUAAAUAUAAAACGUUGAAAUGCUCUCAAUUUCCAAGAAAGUGUGGUUCAACUUUAUCUCCACGCUUUGCAAGCAAAUAUUAGGGCCAUUUAUACGAGGAAAAAUAAGACGCGAACUCUCCGUAUAAACGGCACAUUUCGUCUAAAAUAAGACGCGACUUAGCUAAGACGCGUCCUAUUUUAGAACAGCCCUUAACACCUGUUCUUAGAUAAGACGUGUCUUAGUUAAGACGAGAAAAACUUCGUGCAAAUGACCUUCUCGUCUUACGUAAGACGCGAACGCAUAGUACGCAUGCGUUAAUUUUUGGCACCCCAUGUUGGAUUGCUGUUGCCAUGGGCAACAUUGACAUGAAAACGAGUCAAGGACAGAGAUAAGACGCGAACCAUUUAUUCGAACUGUUCUUGUCUUAGAUAAGACAUGCUUGCAUAAAUGGUAAAGUUCGCGUGUUAUUUAAGACGAGCCUUAUGUAAGACGCGUCUUAUUUUUCCUCAUAUAAAUGGCCCUAUAGUCUCUUCAUGUCCAUGAGGGAAAAAAAUCUAAUUGAAUCUUCACGUUGCUACAAGAACCUCUGUGAAAAGUUUUGCGAUUUUAACAUAAUGAGAGUUUUUAGAAUUUUUUUUAGUCGAAAUUUCUUUGCCACACUUGUUCUGCUGGUCAUUAAAUUGACAGGCUAAUAUAUGUUUUGACGUCAUUAGACAAAUUCAGGGCCUUUCGUCACUUUUUGGGGACCGUCGAUCUAUAGAGGAAAAUAAGCAAGUGUGCCAGCAAAAUGAUGAGUGUAUUACAAUGAAAAAAAUAAUUUCAUAUAUUCAACAACAAAGAACGAAAAAACUGUAAAUACUGGUCAUUUCUGGAGACAUCCUUUACCCACAAACAAUUAUUUAUUGGUGGUUUUUGAAUUUCUGUCAGUUUACCAUAGUUUCAAGCGAGAAUAAUACAGUGAAAAACUAAACAAGAUUAAUGUUUUUUCUUAUUCCACAUUUGACAAUUGCCAUAUACUUUUGUCAUGUUGUCAUGUAAACCCAUCAUUAUGCUUAUGAAUUCGGUAAUUUUUUUCCAUUAUAAAGCGACAGUCCACUAAAAGUAAUGAAAACCAAUUCAGGAACUCACACUAAAUUUCAUCUAGCUGCAAUGUAUCUUACUGGCAUUUUUUACCUUUUAACACAUAGUUCGUACAAUCGUCAAAAGGUCUUGAAUUUUAGUAGUCGUCUUGAAAAGUCCUUGAAUUUGGUCAAAGUCCUUGAAAAGUACUUGAUUUCUUUAUUAGGUCUUGAAAAGUCCUUGAAAUUCACUACACUGUCUAUGCCCGACACAAUUUUCUGUAAAAUUAGAUUUUUUUGCCGAGGAAAAUUUGGCUCAUCCUUGGUUUAAGAACCAUAAAACUCAAAGGUAACGUGAAAAUAUUUUUGUGCAUGAACAAUAUAUUAUUAUAACAUAGCUAGAAAAUUCGCGUAAUCAAAUUCAAUAGCGCGAGCGUGCUUCAUAUUCCUAUUGAGCACGCUGAUGACGUCAAUAAACUAUUCGUAAUUCCUCGAGUUGUUGGGAACUUAGCAAUCCUGAGUCUCCCGAGUGCAUCCAUAACUCAGCAAUAGACAAUGAAGCGUUUACCAUGUGUUUUAUAAGGAAAUUUAAGAGGAAAGGUUUGAAUUUGUUAACCGAUAGUAAGGAAAAGAGGUGAGUGUUGUUGUUGUUGUUGUCAUCUCGGCGAGCUGUGCGGGCUAUGGCGUGAGAUCAUUCUUUGCAAAGUUGUUUUCUCUCAAUAACAAUUUUUCGGUAAAUUAAAAGUUUUCCGGCACCUAAAUAUGGAUUUUGCAAUCAUUUUAGAGUACACUUUCUCUCAGUUUCAGGAUAAAAACAUAAGAUUAACUGUGAGGAAAAAAAAUAUAGUCACGUAAUCAUUGACGCGUACUUCUUUGAGCGCGCCCUACAAUAAUAAAAUUUUCAGUUAACUGCUGCAUUGAUCGCUUUGAUAAUGUUAUAAAACAAUUAGUUCAUGCUGCAGCUGUGCGUAUGUCGAGAUAUUGAGCACUUGGGAAGUUUGGAGAGCACUCAAAAGGCUAGAGUUGCACUCGGCUGCGCCUCGUGCAACUCUUACGCCUCUUUCGUGCUCUCCAAACUUCCCGCGUGCUCAAUAUCUCGACAUACGCACGCUGCCGCAUGAACUAAUUGUUAAUUUUUGUUUCUCUAUGCGAAUGCUAUUUCUGUCCUCAGAUGCAAUUGCAAUUGUUGCAUUCAAAUUCAAGCUAAAAAAUUUCAGUAUUGACUCUGGUUUUGACUGCAAAGCUCAUGAAUUUUUUGUUUGUACUGUCAUUAAUACAUGGCUUCCUUGUAAAGCAGGUUUUCUUAAUUGUUUGUUUCAUUCCAGAAUUCACUCUAGUUUUAUACGUCUUAAUAUUUAUUUGAUGUCAUCAUAUUACUAAAUAUAAAUUAGUAGUUAGGUAGUUAGAUAUUUUUAAUAUCUAUAGUUUUAUAUUUAAAUUUUAUAAAUACCUGAAGGUACUUCCAUUUCUAAAUGAAUAAAUUAUUUAUACAGCUAACAUACCAUACCACAACAAAAAAAUUAGACUGCAUGAAAACUUAAAUAGUGUCUCUACAUUUCCAAGGUUAUAGGUACAUGUAUGCAGUGAAAAUAUUUUAAAAAGCUGUUGUUUAGAAACCAGAUUCCCCUCAGACACCCUACGUCCAAAUUCUAUAAAUGAUUCUUUAGCCUAUAAUAUACCACUGCGUAAUUUGCAGUUUUGUGGAACUGAACUGAAGAUGCCAUUUAUUGUGUUGUAGCAACUCCAUAAGAUAUUUGCAGAUGACAAAGAAAGUUUUCUUCGAGUCUCAGUGGAAGGCGGGGGCUGCUCAGGCUUUAUGUACACAUUUGACAUCGACACUGAUAUCAGUGAUGAAGACAGGUUUGUCUGUUUGUUUGUUUGGAUUGUGCAGGUGGCUAGUGGAAUCUGGCAACAGUAAUACGGUCAAACCUCCAUGUUCGAUCACCUCCCAUAAGCGACCACCUUCUCAAAACACCAAAAUUUUCGCAGUCAAGGCAACCUCUCGUAAGUGACAACGACCAUGACCACUUUUUAGGGUAAUGGUUUAUUGUAAUUUUCCUUUGUCUUGAAACUUUUGUAAGCAACAACUUGAUGCAUAGUCUGUUGCUGUGUGUAUAUUAUGCUACCGUGGAGUUGACACCAUGAAGGACUUUAGAGGUCCUGAGUUUCAAUGGUAAAUUUUAUGUAAACCUUAGACAAAUCUGGGUAGUGGCACAUCAUUAGCAUGGAAUUUCUGUGUUCAUUUCUCAGACGUCAUUUCACGGGGAGACCUCCAAUAGCACCCCAAAAUGUUGGCUGUUUUCUCAGGCUCCCCAAAGAACUUAAGCUCACAUUUUCAAAUUAGCCAAUCCAGAAAUCUAAUGGCUGUUUAUUGUCAAGUAGGCUUCCAAAGCAGACAACAAAUGUAUUUAUCUUCUCAAGAAAACAACCCAGUAAAGAUCCCGAGUUUCAAUAAUAAAUUGUUGUAAACCUUAGUCUACAUAACUAAACUCUGUUCGAUAACCGGCCCUAAAAGGACUGUCUGUGACUACCUAAAUUCUUUCAGCGUCAAAAUUCAGAAGCAUGAAAAAAUUGUUGUAACUAUUAGGAGAAUUUGCCAAUGUAACACUCUCUGAAAAGCCCAGUUCAUCUUGUUCAUACUCUGUUGAAUCAAAAAAGUCUUGAGGUUAUAUCCCCUAAGUCUGAGAACUUGAUCAUCAUUUGCCUAUUUGCAAGUAAUGUAAUUAAAAAUUAUUAGUUAUUAUGCUUUGUUAUUUAUUUUCAGAGUUAUCGAGAAAGAUGGUGCAAGAGUUGUCAUUGAUGACAUUUCACUGGAAUAUAUUAAAGGGUCCACAGUUGACUUUCAGGAAGAACUGAUUCGCUCGGCAUUCAAAAUAUCAUUCAAUCCCAAGGCCGAGAAAGGCUGUUCCUGUGGUUCAUCAUUUACAUUUAAACUCUGACAAGCGGGAAACUUGCUUCAUUAUUGGUUUUCAUGGUACAGACAAUAGCCUAACACCUGGAGUUAUGGCAAUAUCUCGCAUUAUAUCCCCUUUUGAUAUUAUUUUGAGGUAGCCAUGAUACCAACCUGAAAGUGGCUAUAGUCACUUGUUGGACAUUUAUAAGCAAGAUGAUCACAUGAAUGAGCUUAUGCAACAGGACGGCAAAAGAAGAGGACACCAAAACAUUUGUGUGUGACAAAUGUGACCAGGCAAUUACUUAAUUGUUUGAAGGAGGGUGAAUUCAUGCUUGUCACAUGAGGUUUUGCUGUUUGCUUUCCUCUGCAUUCCUAUUGUGCAAGUUCACUAUUACAAAACGACACAAUUAUAAAGACUUUGUCCUCUUCUAAUACCACUAUAUGGAAAACACAACUUGGAUGUAAUGAAAUUUCAGGAAAGUUUAUUAACUUUAUGUACACAAAAAUAUUAAAACCAGCUUUCAUGGCAGUGUAAAAAGAGAAAUGUUUCCAGUACUGACUUAGUAGGAUACAUCCAUAUAAAUCAUUGAUUUGAGAAUAGCAGGGCUAAAAUCAAAUCAAAUCCUUUACUUAGACACGUAACACCCGGAAGCACCAAAAGUUCUCGUUAAAACGUUUAUGUGUAAAAGAAUUAAGUCACAUUUGUUUAACUUCUCACAAGAUAACAAAAACUGAUUUACAACUCAAACAAACAGUAAACUACUA